ACCACUACCACCACCACCAAGUCACCACCCCCGCCAAAGACACACACACACACCCCUUCCCCGAGCAACACCCUAACCCUACCCCUCCGAAUACCCGCGGCGGUCAGAGAGGCUAAGGAUAGGCGCAUGAACUCACUCACUCGCGCUGCUGCAGGUGUAGGGGAAUGAUCGAGACUCCUCGACUCGUUGCGGUGGCAUCAUCACCAGCAGCAGCAGCAUCACCAUCAUAAAGGAGCCCUUGGUUCCAUUGACAGUACGAGUCCAAUUUGCCCACGUGGUGCUGCGUGAGGGUUUGGGCGCUGGAGCUGGCGGCGUGAACGCGGUGAACUCAUUCGCUACGGACACGUUCAAGGAGUGCCGGUGCUGCUGUUUGCUGCUGCUGCUGCUGGUGGUGCUGGUGGUGGUGGUCGGGGCGAGCGUGAGAGAUGAUCGCCGCUGGCACGGGCAUGGAGGAGCGGUUGCUGCUUCGGCUGAGUGGGGGGCCACCCUGGGGAUUCAGACUCAGCGGGGGCCGUGAGGUGCAGAGUCCUCUCGUGGUGUCCAAGAUGCGCAAGCGGAGCGCGGCGUCGCGAGCCGGCAUGUGCGAGCGAGACGAGGUGGUGGCCAUCAACGGCAACCCGUGCGCGGGCCUCACGCACACCCAGGCCAUGAACCUCGUGGACGCCGGCGGUGGCUCCCUGGACAUCCUUGUGGGCAGAUGCAGGAACCUCACCGAGGCCGAGGGCGGCCACCGUCUCCGCGCGUCCAGCUACCAGGAGCUCACCUCGGCCUCGGACAGCGAUGCCUACUUCGGCGAAACGGACAGCGACGCCAACACGGACCCGGGCUGGGCCUCGUCGCACCGCCCGUGGGGCCACCGCCGCAGCCCCCGGUCCUCCCCCACCCAGCAGCAGCAGCAGCAACAACAGCAGCAGCAGCAACAGCAGCAGCAGCAGCCCUCGUUCACCUCGUUCGCCUCCUCGUCCGGCCCCGCGUCCGGCGACACGGGGCUCUACCACGCGGACGGCGUCGAAGUGUCGGACCUCAGCGAGUACGACUCGACGUCCGAGCUCGUCCACUACCACCACCAGCAGCAGCAGCAGCAGCACCUGAAGCAGGCGGUGGUGAACGGAACGUCGGGGUCCGGUGGCCACGUCGUGAACGGAAGCGCCGCCCCGCCGAAGCAGAGCUCCCUGCACAUCGUCCUCAACGGCGGCCAGGAGGGCGACGCGGGGGACGGCGAGGGUUCGGGGGGUCACGGGGGGGGUGACGCCGCCGACGACGCCGCUGAUGCGGCGGCCCCGGCGGCACAGGACGGGCAGGCGGCGCUGGCGUUCACCCUCAACUUGGCCGUGCGUGGGCCAGGCGGCGCCGCCACCAGGGAGGUGGACCCCCUGCGCAACGUGGCCAUCGUGGACGAGGAGGAGCUCAUCGCCACGUACAAGGAGAAGGCGAAGCAAGCGAGACUGAACCGCGGCGAGAGCCUGGUGGAGAAGCAGCAGAAGGAGGUGCGCCGGCGGUGCCAGAACAUCGCCCACUCCCUCGCCUCGCCGGUGCCGCGCGCGCCCAGCGCCGACCCCGGCAGCCCCCGCCCGGACUCGCGCGGCAUCCUCAUGUUCCGCCGACGCCGGCAGCGCGUCAAGCGCUACACCCUCGUCAGCUACGGCAUGGCGUCGGACGGCGAGGGCGGCGAGCCUCCCGGCGCGUCGGGUGAGGACUACGACGAGGACGAGGACGAUGAAGAGGAGGAGGAGGAGGACGAGGAGUGGGCGCGGACCGAGGGCACGGAGGGACGGCCCAACGCGUGGGACGCCGUCUCGUCCGACUGGGAGAGCGCCGGCGCCGAGGGUCACCACGGCAGGGGGGGUCGCGACAGCCUCCCCGAGCUGGGCAAGGGCAAGGGCGCGCUGCUGUUUGAGCGGAGGAGGCAGCGCGUGGAGGAGCUGUCGAGGGAGGAGCGAGCGGCGGAGGGCAGGCGCGAGAACCCCGGGGGAGCGGGGGGAGCAGGCGAGGCGCAGAACCCUGGAAAUUCUCUCGGCCACGCGGCGGGCCAUCAAGCGGAUGCGCUUCAGGGUGCACCCCCGCACGCCCCCCCCUCGUACAGCCCAGUGCAGCCCCCCCAGUCUCGCACCUUCUCCUCCAGCGUGCAGCUCCCUCCGGCCCCGACCCGGGGUCACGGGGUCAGCGUGACCACGGCAGCGGCGCCGGUGACCAUCGCGUUCAACUACUCCGGGCCCGGGGGGGAGCCGGGGCACGCGGCGCAACCUGCCCAGCAGCAGCAGCUGGGUGAGCAGCAGCAGCAGCAGCAGUACCAGCAGCAGCAGCAGUACCAACAGCAGUACGAACAGCAGCAGUACCAACAGCAGCAGUCGGGCGUGCAGAAUCGGAGCGCGCGGCCGUUCACCCCCGUGGCGGAGGGGUACGGCAGCCAGCGCCCAGCCUCGGCGCCGUUCAACCGCGUGAGCUUCUCUCCCAAGUCGCCCCAGCAGCAGCAGCAGCACCAUCAGCAGCAGCAUCACCAUCAGCAGCUGCAGCCAUCGUUAUCGUCGCCAGCAGCCGUGGCGGUCAACCGCACCGCCCAGGCGUUCGCGGUCUCGGGUCGCGGCGCUCAGGGAGCGGCAGCCGUGGCGGCGGUGGCGGCGAUGCCGGUGAUGGUGGAGGAAGCGCCGAGCACCUUUGCCCAGCCGGUGGCGUCGGCGGCGCCGCACGGCUCGGCAAGCGCCGGGGCCGAGGUUCUCCCCUCGAGGGAGCAAAGGAUCUCCACGCCGGCGGUGCGCACCGGCGUGCUCCAGCAGGCACAGAGACGCCCUAAGCAGCGCCUCUUCUCCAUCCCGGAGCCCCCCAAGGAGAAGCAGCGGCCAAACCCGGAGCUGCUCUCCCUGGUGCAGGGUCUGGACGGGCGGUUCGAGUCCGGCCCCGAGGACGACUCCCUGAGCCUCGGCGCCGAGGCGUCCAACUUCCUGCGGUCCGGAUCUGGCGUCGCCACGGCCACGGCCACCGGCACCGUCGUCUUUGGCGGCGGCGGUGGCGGCGGCGCCAAAGAGAAGACGCCGCCGCCCAUCGCUCCCAAGCCGUCGUCGGGUGGCAGCAAGCCGUCGAGCCCUGUGGAGGAGCCCCAGGAGAGCGUCCUGUUCCUCCGCCACACACCCUCGCCCUGCCCCCUGCACACGGCCAGCGAGCCGGGCGUCCCGACCUUGCAGGGUAAAGGCGGGGAGCUGUUUGCGCGUCGCCGCAGCCGCAUGGAGAACUACGUGGUGGACAGCCCCCGGCGGGCUCCCACGCCCUCGUCGCCAUCCUCGCUGCCCCCGUCCUGGUUGCCCACGUCCACCGUGCGCACGCCACCGCCACCCUCCUGGGGCAAGCAGCAGCAGCACAAGCUGGGCGGCGGCACGGGCGGCACGGGCGGCAAGGGCAAGAAAGGAAGCAAGCCCAUGUCGGCCAAGGAGGACUUCACAUGGAAGCCCCAAGCCGAGGACGCCUUCUCCGCCUACUCGGACCCCUACCCGUGGUCACCGCUGUCCCCGCGUCCCUCGGGCCCGCGCGGGGCCCUCUCCUCCUCCAGCACCUCCGGCCUGCCCCCCACGGGGCUCUCGCCGUGGGAGGCAGCGGCGCGCUCCCCGCUCGGCUCCGUGGACGCCGCCUUCCAAACGACCUCCGCCCCGGCGAUGGUGGCCCGCGCCGUGCUGGCGGCCGCCCGCCGCAAGACCCUCCCGCGGCCGCCCGAGGAGUGGCGCGACCGUGUCACGGGCCACCCCACGCCGUCGCCGGCGUCGUCGUCCUCGACGGCGGCGGCGCGCCGGUCCGCGGGCACCCUGCCGCGCUCCUUCGGCAGCUCGCGAGCGCCGCGGAUCUUCCAGUUCGGCCCCGAGCAAAGAACGGGAGUGGGGGUAGGGAUCGGAGCGGCGGCUGGAGGAGCUGGAGGAGCUGGGGGCUGCGGUGGCCGUCUAGGAUUUGGAGGUGCAGCGAGACGGAGGUCUCUGAGCUCCGCCGCAGACGGAGAGCGCGGGGGCGCGGCGAGGGUCGAUUCGCACCGGGGCUCGCCGGGCCUCGUGUCCCCCGUGGACGGGAGUCGGGAUCACAACACGAGGCCCAGGGGCUGGCAGGGCCUGAGCCGGUGAUCGGUCCUCACGGUCGCUGUCUCGUCUCGAGCGAGCUGCCCUCAGAUGUGCGCGCUGCCGUCUGUGCGCGAGAGGCUCCACCCCUCACUUAAGCCGCUUGAUUCCGGCCCCUCGCCGAAAAUUGUCUCCCUCUGUCUCACCCCCGUGUCUCUGUGUCAAGCUGUCACUGCACCUCUGUUCCCUGUUGUUUGUACGCGUGCCUUCUUCGUCUCCACCUCUCUCUGUGCCUCGGCCUCUCUUUGUGUCUGUCGUCUCCAUGUCUCCAUGUCUGCAUGUCCCUUGUCUCUCUGUAUUUCACUGUAUUUCUCGACGUCUCUGUUGUCGAGAGGAGACAGCAAACCGGUGCAUCCGUGCACACACGCACACACACACAAUCACAGCACAUACAAAGAUGCAACAUGACUGCGGAGACUCGAUGACCAAGUGAUGUUAGCAAGCAUCUAUUAAGGAAGCAUGGACCAUAACGCACAAAAACAACGGCCUAUCAUCUCCAUUCAGUGGCAGUGAAGGUGCUCGUGUCAUCUUAGGUGCGCUUUGAGGCCUCUUGAAGUGCGGUAGGCUCGCUGGCAUGAGGUGACGGGACUGCUCCUGGUGGUGAAGGUUUAAACUGACCCAGAUGACCGACAAAUGCGCCACUUUCGUUCACCACCGUGCCAAUUUGUUGCUGAGCGGCCCGGUACUCUGCUCAUUGCCGAGUGUCGCGCCUCCAAAUCCCAUUGUUGCUGGAGGGCGGCUGCCGACAACUUUCCAGGAGCACCCUUCGCGAGCCUCAUCCGCACACAAAGACAAAGAUCCCCCGUGCAGCGUUAACAGACUGUUGGGGCAAGUGCUUGUUGGCGAGCACCUAUGAAGGCCGGCACGUCACACGUGGGUGGCCAGCACAACGCCCGGCCGCCUUCGUCUCCCGAGUGGGGAUGUUUCCACACCGCACCAGGUACUCAUUUGAGGCCGAGUCGAUCUAGGGGAGGCCCAGGACCGGUUCAAUUAAUCUUCACUGAUGUUGGUCGUGAGCGGGAACCGAACUCGGGUUGCCAGGUUCGCAGUGCGGCACGCUAACCGCGGUACCACCGCUCCCACGUAUGCGCAUACACCCCCUCGUAUACACACCGACACACGAAGAUUAACCCUCUCACCCAGAUAUGCGUGCGGUUCUUUCACGUGUCCAAGGUGUCGACUUGUGAUGAGUGCUGCUGUUCAAUGCGGACGGAACACGCGAGCGCUGUAGCAUUUAAAAUUAUGCGCAGAGACAGAGAGGAACGUUACACGAUGCAGCCACGAACGCUGAAUAAUAAAUACCUUAACGCGCGCGCACCAGCCCGUGACAUGUAUAGCUUUCACGUUACGUAACUGUCAGGUUUUAAAGGAUCAACAGAAGCAAUAUAUUGUUCCGGCACAAUAGUAAUAACAACGAACACAAAUUCAUUUAUUUACGCGGACUGUACAAUGUGUGUAUCGUCACCGUUUUGGCAGAAAGGACGACUUAAAUAAUUCCGUGUUUGCAAUUGUACAACGCAGCAGGCAUCGCCCGGUCUCUCAAGGUUGAAUCGCCGCUCGUGGCGAUACAAAAAGAAACCGCAACAACAAACACUGUUGAAAGUGUUGCGAGAAGCCUACUCGUUACAGUCGAGGCUCGAAACAAACUUUGAAAUAUGGGCUCCAAAGAGGUGGUUGUAGGUGGCUGAAGGGUUCAUGAUAGCCUUUAAAGCAGUGGUUCUUCUUCUUAACCUGGGGUGCACCCCCUGGGGGUGCGAUAUGCCCUUUCUGGGGGUGCGAGACACAGCCAGAUUUUUGUAGAAGGUAAAUCAUCGAAACACAAAUUAAAGAACAGGGCACGUAAGCACAACUAUUUUGUUUCAUCAAACCUCUAUUUAUGAACAUCUUUUUUUUACGAUUGAGAACCAAAGGGGUGCAAAGGCUGCAGGUAAAGGUCAAGAACCAAUGAUCUAGAACGAUGCACCAUGAGUACUGACGAUAUCCUGCGUUUGAAUGCGCGUUAAAGCUAGAUGUGAAUAAUCUGGUUUCUUAACAGUGGGGUGUUAACGAUAUCAGCCCAAGUCAUCAAUGACUGCACACACACACGCAAAAACCUCUCGUUAAAUACAUGUUUUUUUUGUACAAUUUGAAAUAUUUACAGCCCUGCGAAUAAAAAAAAAUACUUGGGUUAACCGUCGUGCACCACCUAGCAUGGACGGGGGGACAACUGAAAGGGUCUCAGAAUUAGUUCUGUGAAGUCGUCUUCCGUCAGCCGCUCUCUAACACGCGGUGAUGCACCGCCUUCUGCGGGCGUUUCGAUUGGAAAUUUGGGAUGUGACAAUAUAUAGGCUACAGAUUUAUUUUGUUUACAGAAUAAGAAAGCAUUCCCGGAUAUGAAUGUUGUUAAAGUUAUAUACAGUUUUUGUUUCAGCGAACUCAUGCAGGGAAAAUCGAAUACGUUGGACAUAAUAAAAUGUUUGUUUAGGAUAUUUCCUAAGUAAGCCAGCAGGCCAAAACACCGCGAUAUGUUACGCGUGAAAGUAAAAAAAAGUCACUUUAUAUUAUUAAUAAGUGCUUUGGAUCAUUUUUAGUAAUUUCCGGUUGGAAAUAUUGACCAUUAAAGCUUUUAGAAUUUAUUUUAAGUGAAUAAUUGCCUUUGAAAAUUUUUACUAGGCACCUCACUUGUAUGACACAUGCUGCAAGAAGGAAUAUAGAGUAUGUGGUAUGUGCCGUGGAGGUUUGAUUGCUAUGACAAUCUUAAGCAUGUGGACUGUGCAGAUAUGUGCGUGUAUGUAGUGUGUAAAUAUGACACGAAGAAUCAAUAACAGGGACCCGAGUACAGAAAAUGUUCUGAAAGAUUUCUCGUAAUUAUACAAACGCCCAAUAUCGUAACUCACAUAUUUACUGGGAUUUUCGAGAUUUUUUUUUCUUGUACAUUCCCAUUUUCUGUGCUCUCGUCCCAAGUUAUCCGAAUGGGUUGGCGAUACUGAUGGACACUUGGUGAAUUGUGAGGAAAAAGGCUCUUGUCGGAAUAUCGCGCGAGAUUGGUGAUGGCAUCUGGACGUGCAAAGCCAUGCUGGUGCCUCCUCUUGCGUUCCCUUUGCCUUGUUGUCGAGGGCACUUCUGUUUGCGCGUAGUCAUUUGUUUCCGGUCCGAACGAGCGGUUUUUUUUAUCCGGCCGUCGAAUAGCCUCUUCACGUGGAGAAAGCUCCAGGGUUAUCCGCCAAGGCAUCGGGGGGGGGGGUAUCAUUACUCGUACCGGAUUUGCACUCGAGCUCCAAGCAAGGCUCACGUAUUGUUCUGUGCGGUCCCCCCUCCCCCCCCCUUUUUUCUUCUUUCAUCCCGAGACACUUUGCGGUUUAAUGUUAUUAGUGCGGAUCCCACGGCUUGCUGGAUCAACAUGGUUUUUUGUUGUUGUUAUUGUGCGGAUAACAAUAUCACUAUAGUGUACAUGCCAAAGAAUACAUCGCGAUAGAAAUGAUGAAACCAAAGAAGGCCACGGCGCUCGGGUGUUUGGCAGAGGGCUCACAUUUUAUGGUAAUGAUUUAGAGUGCAGUGUGAGGCAGGGUUGUGGCUAGGGAUGCCACCUUUUCCGCAGCAGACCAAACCCAGACAUAUUUCUCAGUCAGCCUACCGCUAUCAAGACUGUGCAAGUGCACCGUAAUACAACUCAACGAAAUGCCAACAGAUCUCGGGACAAACGAGUUCCUGCCACUUGACCACAAGACGCCCGCAGCGGGUUAAUCCUGGACAGGUGGCAAUCUUAGUCGUUGGAGGUAUGAGACAAAGCCGCGCUGGUUAGUUAGUGCGAGCGAGUUAAUGUGGAAAGUCCUCUGCUGACAACGUAAUCACGCAACGCCCUGUAACAUUAUUGAUGGCAGGUCACCCAUCCAGGCACUACCAAGGCUCAGCCCUGCUUAAAUCCCAUAAAAUCUGAUAUUGGGUAUAUUCUGGCCAAUUUGUUCAUAGGCCCUCAUCUCAGCAGUGGAUUGACAAGAGGGCUGGUCCGCGAACGUUGUUAUAAUUUAAUCUAAGCAGGUCUCACGCAACGGGACCCUAGUGGCGACUCGUGGCAUUAAGCAGUGAAUGUCAUAUCGACAGACCUUCUCUGGCGAAGACGAAGAGUGGUCGUGAUAAUUUGGUACUUACAUAAUCAAAGGCAUCGCCAACGCCACAAGCCCAGCCGUGUAUUCAUAUUGUAUCACCGCUAUUAAUUGCAAAAGCACUUGUCUAUGACCUUAGCACCUACCAUUAACUGCCAUGCACAACUAAGUGCGAUUUGGAAAGCCUUGGUCACGUGUCGGCCGACUCGACUAAACACGAGGAUUGUAUGUCCUUGGCACACGCGGUGGUCUGUUUGGACUGUGUUGGUUGUCGUAAGGGAGACAAAGAUUGCCCGGGCCUGCUUGGCGUUGGACAUUCUUGCAUACGAUCCGAAUCGCUCCAUCAGCACGGUGGUCGGCCCUGCCUGGCACGUUCCAAGCCUUCGGCUGCCAUCGUCAUCAUCCCUCUAGGGAGGCGUCCUGCCCAAGACCACGUGUCUCAUAACCAGCACGGCAGGCUCGCAUUCACCCAGCAGUGAAUGGACAAUGUUCGAUGAUGAGGAUGAUUUACGGUGGCGGUGAUGAUUGUGGAAAUGAUGGUGAAUAGGAAGAUGAAAAAGAUUACGAUAUUCUUUGGGCCUUUCGGUAAAGUCACGUAGAUAGGUUCAAAGAAAAUAACAAAAUAACAAAAAACUACAACGUUGCGAUCAAUCUACAUGACUUUACCAAAAUACCCAGAUAAUAUGAAUUCCUGUAGUCAGGAAAUAUUUUAAGUCAAGGAUUACGAUAAUGAAAAGGAAGAUGAUGGGGGGUGGGAAAUUGUAUUUUAAGCUGAUUAGGAUACAUUCAACUUACUACUGUAUAUGAAUACGAUGUAUAAGAUGCAAGGUUUCACCUUACUCCAUAAAUUGAGCAAGAAGCGCCACGUUUCGGACCAGACCGCAUCUGCUUAAUGCCGCUUGCGUCACGAAGACAGUAAAAGAAAGUCAAUAAAUGUGUCUGGCAAGAGCCAGACAUUCACAUGUGCACUUACAAAACACACGCGUCAAAAUACCCCCCCUCCCCCCGCAUAGAGCGUGGACUAUUGGGGCAGGUGCUGUUUAUUAAGACACAACAUACACACACACACAUUCGCCACUUAGUGGUGAAGUCACCACCAGGCGCUUGUGCCAGGUGAGGUGCACUUUGAUGCCACGUGAAGUGUGAAGGCUCGCUGGCAGGAGGUAACGGAAGAAACCCAGGUGUCAGGGGUUAACCGAGAAGGCUGACAGAUGCACCACCUGUGCUCCCCACUGUCAACAUUUGGCAUAGUCGGAUGUUCAAUACACACCAACAACAAAAAUACCUAUUCACACACUUGUGCCAGGCUAGGUGCACGUACACAAACCCACCCAACCUCUCCUCGACUCAGGCCAUUUCGCUGCGGAAAUUGUAGUCAUAGCUUGAAUUUACCGCGACCCAGGGAACGGAAGACACAAGCUACGUUUAUACAAAUAUUCCUUGCGAGUAGGAGCGCGUGCAAGACAUUACGUGGAUUUUAGAACACACACCCUCUAUGUAUAAUAGGCAAACAUAUAAAAGCACGUGAAGCUAUAUCACGCGUGACAUUAUCACGAGGAUGUCAACGUUCCCGGCGGCGGCACUUAUUUUUAGAAGCGCCAUGCCGUUCCUAAAGUUUACCUUCACAUUUGCUGUCCUGCUUUGUCUGCAAUUAUUAUUAGACAUCACUGUACUGUUGUUGUUCACCGAGUGAGUCGCAUACACGACAUUUAUUUGGACACUUGCGGCGUUUUGCACGCAAGCCGCUCUCCUAAUAAUUGCGGAUGCGCUUUGUUUUGUAACUCACUGAACAUGCUGUAAUGUGACGCGAUCAUCGAUAACCCUGUGCACUGUUUUUGAUACCACGACCGUUUUGUAUCCCGUGGGGGUGACGGUGCUGCAUCACACGUGCCUAUAUUGCGCAUUGCAGUCUUAUAUAUGGGUGGUCAAUAGCACACUCACACGUACCUAGCCACGUUUCAAAAUAAAAGCAAUUAGCGUUCCAAAAAACCUGUCUCUCUUCGUUUCCUUUA